UGCCGGGGUAAGGCACGUGAGGAGGAGGCGGCUUGAGGCAACCAUGGCGGGAGGAAUGAAAGUGGCGGUCUCGCCGGCAGUUGGUCCCGGGCUCUGGGGCUGGGGUGUCGGGGGCGGUGGGACAGUGCGGCUACUCUUGAUCCUCUCCGGCUGCUUGGUCUACGGCACAGCUGAAAUUGAUAUAAAUGUGGUCAUGCUUCAGGAAUCCCAAGUUUGUGAAAAGCGUGCCAGCCAACAAUUCUGUUACACAAAUGUGCUUAUUCCAAAAUGGCAUGAUAUAUGGACACGGAUACAGAUCCGAGUAAAUAGUUCCAAAUUGGUUCGAGUCACACAGGUGGAGAAUGAGGAUAAACUGAAGGAGCUAGAGCAGUUUAGUAUCUGGAACUUUUUUUCCUCCUUUUUAAAGGAGAAAUUGAAUGACACCUCUGUUAACGUGGGUCUAUACAGCACGAAAACCUGCCUUAAAGUUGAAAUUAUAGAGAAGGACACCAAGUACAGUGUCAUUGUGAUCCGGAGAUUUGAUCCCAAACUCUUUCUUGUUUUCCUUCUUGGACUUAUGCUAUUUUUUUGUGGAGACUUGCUGAGCAGAAGUCAAAUUUUCUACUACUCCACUGGGAUGAGUGUGGGAAUUGUGGCCUCUCUACUAAUCAUCAUUUUUAUACUAUCUAAGUUUAUGCCUAAGAAAAGUCCCAUUUACGUCAUCCUGGUGGGAGGCUGGUCUUUUUCUCUGUACCUCAUUCAACUAGUUUUUAAAAAUUUACAAGAGAUCUGGAGGUGUUACUGGCAGUAUCUUUUAAGUUAUGUCCUCACUGUUGGAUUCAUGAGUUUUGCAGUGUGUUACAAGUAUGGGCCCUUGGAGAAUGAACGAAGUAUCAACCUGCUGACCUGGACCUUGCAGCUAAUGGGCCUGUGUUUCAUGUAUUCUGGCAUCCAGAUACCACAUAUUGCCCUUGCCAUUAUCAUCAUUGCUCUGUGUACUAAGAACCUGGAAUACCCUAUUCAGUGGCUGUACAUCACCUACAGAAAGGUGUAUAAGGCAGCAGAAAAGCCUGUCCCCCCUCGUCUCCUGACAGAAGAAGAAUAUCGGAUACAAGGAGAGGUAGAAACCCGAAAGGCUUUAGAAGAGCUCCGAGAAUUUUGUAACAGUCCAGACUGCUCUGCUUGGAAGACUGUUUCUCGAAUCCAGUCUCCAAAAAGAUUUGCUGACUUUGUGGAAGGCUCUUCCCACCUCACGCCAAAUGAAGUUUCUGUCCAUGAGCAGGAGUAUGGAUUAGGGAGCAUUAUUGCCCAGGAUGAAAUCUAUGAGGAAGCAUCCUCUGAGGAGGAGGACUCAUAUUCUCGGUGUCCUGCUAUCACACAGAACAACUUUCUAACCUAGGUGGUGGGGAACCUAUAUAAUUAUGACCCAGUGAUGUCUUUUGGUGAUUUAAGCUUACGGAUUCAGGUUACAAUUGAGUUGGAUUCUAGAUGGUUACUACCUUGAAAAGGAUGUUUGUGCCUUAUGUGACACGAGCCAGAGCCUGCUGGGAAUAAGCAAAGCAGAUUCAUGCCAACACCAACUCAUAGCUUUAGUGGGGGAUGGGAGUGGUCACAGACUUCCAAAAUGUGGGGCUUUGGAUUUCCAUACCACCCCACGUGUGUGUCAUCUUCCUCUCACACUCUUGAUGAUAAUUUGAAAAUGGUGAAAUCACCUCUGAAUUUGCCUGUAGCAUGAGUACAUUCCUAUGACAACAUAACAAAUAGUUGAAAAUGUGAAUAUUAGAAGCUGUUACAGCCUACAAUUGCCGUAAUUUUCCAUGUUUGUGGAAUUGAAAUAGCAGGGGCUAAGGAAUUACUGGCAAGUUUUAGCCUGUGGGUAAUACCUUAGGGUUGUUUAAAUAUUUGUAAUUUUAUUUAAAUGUUCAUGAAUGUUUGAAAGGAACAAAAUUAUCAAGGAUGGCUCUUUGCCAUGGGUCUUAUUUUUACCCUCUUUUCUGUAAGAAAAAAAAAAUGUCUUAUGUAUUUUUAAAGUUUUUGGUAUAGUUUCUAAUUCCAAUUUUAAUAAAAGUUUUAUAGAUA